AUGAAACUCUGGCGGCAGCUCGACACGACACGCGAGCGUGAGGCUGCAGCAACGAAGAUCCAGGCUAUACAGCGCGGCCGCCAGGCGCGCCGCGGUCUGGCGGCGCAGUUUGCGGCAUCAGCAGCCGGCAUGGAGGUCUGUGGUGAGUUUGGUCAUGACUCGGCGAAGGAGACUUCAGAGAGCGACGCAGAAGAUGCGGCAAAUCCAGCUGCUCUGUCAAGGGUGCAAAGCAAGGAGGCAGAGGACGUGAAAGUCUCGCCACCCGGGUCGCCUGUGGCAUCGGUGGUGCAAAUUCAGAAAACAUCGGAGCACAUCGCUUCUGGUGCGGACACCGACGCUGGUGACUUCUUUGAGGGCCGCGCCGCGGCUCUGCAGCCGAAGUCAGACAAAGCAAAGCCAGAGAAAGAGCGACCUGCAAGGAUCCAAGUCCAGAAGUACCCGACUUCUGGCAGCUUGUCUCCGUUGACACCUCCGCCGCCUCCGCCCCUGAGCAUGGCCAUGUCUCAGCAUCAUGAUGGGUCGUCGGCCUCGGGAACGGACCCGGCCCUCGUGGCCGCAGCCAUCCGGAUCCAAGCCGCGGAGCGCGGGCGGCAAGCCCGCAAGCGUGCAAGGAAGAUGGCCGCGGAGUUCUUUGCGGCUGAACCUGCCGUGGCCAUCCUUGCCCCCGCGCAUUCGGCUUCUGUCGAUGCAGCCUCCUCGGCGUUGGUCUUCCAAGCGCCGGAGGGCCCUGAGGAGUCCGAGGCAGGCUUCUUCACCGAGGCGACGGCGGAACCCUCCGUGACGGAUGAUCUGCCCCCGGCCAAAGAGCUCGGGGACAUGGCGAAAGACAGAGACAAGGUGGAAAUCUUCGCUGCUGAGCCCGAGGCUUCCAAAGAUGUUGCCUCCACACCCAUGGAUGCGCGACCCGACAGGCUGGUUUUCCCUGAGCGCGUCGACCUCCAGCCGGCGGCGUUUCUGGACAAGUUCACAUCCGGAGCAGCAGAUGCCGUGGACAAGAAGGAGCCUGCUCCUGAUGCUGCCCAAGCCCUGCCUUCCGUGGCAACGAACCCGCUGGCUUUCUCGGAACGCUUUGACCUGCCGGAAGCAUUCCUGGACAAGGUCACGCCCGCAGAAGAUGCCGUGGGUCACAAGAAGGUGAAGGAGGAACCCGCAGCUGGCCUGUUCGCUGCCACGCCUGAGGCUGCCAAAGCUGUGACCUCCGUGGCAGCGGACCCGCUGGGGUUCGAGCACUUGGAGCUCCGGGAGCCCAAGGACAAGGCAAAGCCGGUGCCUUCCAACGGUUAUUUCGAUGCUGCGACACCAGAGCCAACGAAGGGUAUGCCUUCGACAUCCUCGGAUCCGCUGGGAUUCUCGGAGCGUCUGGAGCUCCAGCCACAGCGGGGCUUCCGGCUCCCUGCCAGAGAAAGAAAGCCCAAGGCAAAGGAGGAGAAAAGCAAAGACAAGGUGAAGGCAGAGCCCGCUGUGGGUUUCCUUGGUGGGCCAGAGGCGACCAAAGCUGUUGCGUCGUCGUCGGAUCCGCUUGGACUUUCGGAGCGUUUGGAGCUGCAGCCGCAGCGCGGCUUCCGGCUCCCGAAGUCUGAGUCCCGAGAAAAGGAGGAGAAGGACAAAGACAAGGACAAGGACAAGAAGAAGAAAAAGAAGAAGAAGAAAGAGGAGUCUGAGCUGGACAUUCUGGGCUUUUCGAUUUACUGA